AUGUUCCGUCCUACGCAGCGCCUGUUGGGCGGUCUGCUCUGGUAUCGUCCUUGGAGGCUCUCACCUCCCCAGAAAGCGCGCCAGCGCAAACGAUUAAAGCUAGUCGAUCAAGUUGUCGAUACGGUCAGUGCUGCACUGCAGAAGGGCGGUAUGAGCAGCAAAGCUAUCGAUCGCUGGUAUAGUGAGAUGCCCCGCGAAGAACAGAUGCUGCCCCGCGAUAAGUACACCAUCUUUGAUCGCAAGGAGAAAAGCUAUCGGAAAGGCAUCCACAAGCUACCCAAAUGGACCCGAGUCAGCCAACGUGUCAAUCCUCCCGGAUUUUAA